GCGUGGCUGGGGAAAGCGGAAAACGGGGAGAUUGAGCGCGCAUGCGUAGUGGGGGGAAGGGGGCAAUGUGGGUUCCUAGGGAGCAAGAGCUAAGAUGAGGAAGGGGCGCAGUCGGACUGGGCGGGGGUAUGUCCAUGUUGAAGCUGCAGGGGGUGCUGCUGCGGGGAACAGAAAGCCUUUGGGUGGGAGUGCGGAAUUAUUCCUCAGCCCGAGCAAAGGAAGAAGCCAGGAAAAGAUGGGUGUGUGAGCAGGCGGAACUGCUGGAAGUGCUGGAGGCAAGAGUGAAACAGUUGCAGGCCGAUAAUGUCUCGGAGGUGGUCGUCAACCAGGUUCAGCUGUCCAGGAAGAGCCCGGCUCUCCGAGAGCAGGACCCGAAGCUAGACAAAGGGUCCGCUGCCCCGCCGAGCCGAUGGAUCGCGAAGCUGACCAAAGAAAAAUCCAUCAAACACAAGCGGCUUUUGAGACUGGAGGCCAAGCUCUUGGCAGCUGCUCUGGGCCCCAAGGCGAAGCCUCUUCUGGACCGCAGGAAUGCCGUCCAGGUCGCUGAGAGCGCCCCCAAACCGCACCCUAAAGUGAGCCCGGGCAGGCCCAGGGGGCGCCCCCCCAAAGGCCAAACGCCUGACAAAAUCAAAGACCGCCGCCAGACCUCCCCGGCAGCCGCAGCCAGGGGUUCUUCCCGCAGAGAGCCUCUGGGUGCUCCCGAAAGCCCCUGGAACACCCCCGCAGAGCGGGAAGAGCUGCUCCCAGACUGGGAAGGCGCCGGGGAGAUGCCGCUUCUGGGCGAGGAAGGCGGAAACCAGCACAGGAACGUCCAGCUCAGCAUCCUGGCUUACCUGGAUUGCUGCGUCUUUCUCCGCCAGCCCGAGAGAGCUCAGCAGUGCCUGCGGUACUAUCACCGCUCCCAUGCCCGGCAGAAGCUGUUGGACACCCGGAUGUACAACGUGGUCAUGCACGGAUUCGCCAAGAUGGGGGCCCUGAAGCAAGUUGGACAGCUCUUCUGCCUGCUGGAAGAGGCCGGGCUGAAGCCCAGUCUGGACUCUUAUGUGGCAGUGCUGGAGUGCAUGGGCCGAACGAGGGUCCGCCCCGACGUCAUCUCCAGAUGCCUCCAACAGUUGGCAAAGGAUGGCUUCCAACUGGAGGACCUCUUCCAAGACUCGGCGUACAGUGGAGAUGAGGUCAAAAUGGCUCUAAAGGCCAUCUGGAGGGUUUUGCCCAGAUUCCAGCCACCGCCACCGCGUCGCCAAACCGAGGUCUGCACCGUCCCCCUGAUUCAGGACUUCUACGUGAAGAGGGAGCCUGUUUCUUACCCAACGCUGGACUUCACGGCUCAGGAGCUAAAGGGCCAGUUUCAGAAGCAGCUAGAGAUGGAGGCAUCCAGCACGGUCACCAUCGACUCGGUGGAAGCGACUAAGCCCCUGACAGAGCAAGUCGUCCAAGCGCGGAAGCUUCUGGCCACGCUCCGUUCCCGCUGGCAGGCGGCCCUCCUUCAGCACCUGCGGGAGUCCAAGCUGCACAUGGACCAGAAGAAAUCAGGGCAGCUGAGCCUGUAUCCCUUCUUGUGCGUGCUGGAAGACAAGGAAUACGUAGACAUCUUGAUGGGGAUCCUCUCCAGCCUUCCUCAACAAGGGGAGUCGCUCCUGACCUUGGCGCGGGAGCUGGGCACCAAAGUUUACAACAAGUUUCUCAUCCAGAAGAAGUCUCAGGGCCAGCUGGUGGAGGGCAUCCGGAAGAUCUAUGGGAGUUACGUCCGACUGCUUGCCAAGGACACUCCGCCGGAUAAUUAUCUCCCCCGGGAAUACUGGGAGCAGCUAGAGGCGAAGGCCAGCUGCAUCCCUUCCCUGGCCACCAAAGAGUGUACCUGGCCCUACUCGCUUCUGGUCCAGUUGGGACUUCACCUGGUGGAGUUACUCGUCCAUGUUCUCAAGAUGGAGAGCAACCUUCUGACCCCAGGCCAGGAGCAGAAGCUCAUCCCGGUCCUGUAUCACGUCUACUCUUUCCGCAGUGGUCGCCAGAUUGGGUUCAUCAGACCCCACCCCAUCCUGAUCCGGCUUCUCUUGGAGGCCGCCGAGACCACCCUCACCUUUGACCCGUUUGUCAUCCCCAUGCUUUGCCCACCGGUGCCGUGGGUCUCCCCUCAUUUUGGGGCCUACAUCCUCACCCCCACCAAGCUGAUGCGGGCCGUGGAGGGGACGGUCCAUCACCAGCUGCAGCUGGAGCGGUCUCCCCGAGGCAACCUCUUCUCCAUCAUGGAUGCCCUCAACCAGUUGGGGAACUGCCCCUGGAAGAUCAACCAACCCAUCUUGGACAUCGUCAUCGCCAUCUUCAACGACAAGGGCGAUGAGAAGCUGGACAUUCCGCCGCCGCCGUCGGAGGCCCCGCAGCCCAGAACGCACUUCCCCGAGGGCGGCCCCCUGACCAAGAUGGCCCUGAAGCGCGAGAUGGCCCAGUGCCGCAAGAAGGCGGUGGAAAUGUACAGCCUGCGGAUGGAUGCGCUCUACAAGCUCUCCAUCGCCAAGCACAUGAGGGACCGGGUCUUCUGGUUCCCCCACAACAUGGAUUUCCGCGGGCGGACGUACCCCUGCCCGCCGCACUUCAACCACCUGGGAGGUGACCUCACGCGAGCGAUCCUCCUCUUUGCUGAGGGGAAGCCCCUGGGCCCACACGGCCUUGACUGGUUGAAAAUCCAUCUCAUCAACCUUACUGGACUGAAGAAGAGGAGCUCUCUGCGGGGCCGGCUCGCCUACGCCAACGAGAUCAUGGCAGACAUCUUGGAUUCGGCAGACCAGCCACUAACAGGCAGGAAGUGGUGGAUGAGCAGUGACGAACCUUGGCAAACGUUGGCGUGCUGUAUGGAAAUUGCCAAAGCCACUCGGGCUCCGGAUCCUGCCGCUUAUGCCUCCCAUUUCCCCGUCCAUCAGGAUGGCUCUUGUAAUGGGCUCCAGCACUACGCGGCUCUCGGGCGUGACGUCAUUGGCGCCUCCUCGGUGAACCUGACACCGUGCAGUGUUCCUCAGGACGUCUACAGCGGGGUGGCUCAGCAGGUGGAGGUGUUCCGGAAGCAAGACGCCGAGCAGGGCGUGAAGAUCGCUCAGCUCUUGGAAGGCUUCAUCGAGCGCAAGGUGGUCAAGCAGACCGUCAUGACGGUGGUGUACGGAGUCACCCGCUACGGGGGGCGCCUUCAGAUCGAGAAGCGACUCAAGGAGAUAGACGAAUUCCCCCAGGAGUAUGUCUGGGAAGCGUCUUAUUACCUCGUCCGGCAGGUCUUUAAAAGCCUCAAGGAAAUGUUCUCUGGAACUCGAGAAAUCCAGGGCUGGCUAACGGAGAGCGCCCGGCUGAUUGCCAGAUCUGGGCGGACAGUGGAGUGGGUGACACCCCUGGGUCUCCCCGUCAUUCAGCCCUACCAUCGCUCCAAGAUAACGCUGCUUAAGAACAGCCUGCAGACGGUUAGUCUGAAGUCACGGCACGACACCAGCCAGAAGCCCAACACGGUCAAGCAGAAGAAUGCUUUCCCCCCCAACUUCAUCCAUUCCUUGGACUCCACUCACAUGAUGCUGACUGCUCUAUACUGCCACAGGCGAGGACUGACAUUCGUCUCGGUGCACGACUGUUACUGGACGCAUGCGCUCACCGUCGAUAUCAUGAACCAGGUCUGCCGCGAGCAAUUUGUGGAGCUGCACAGCCAGCCCAUCCUGGAAGACCUGUCCCGGUUUAUGCUUCAGAAAUACUGCAUCCGCUGUCCCACUGAGUGGAAGAAGAAGCAGGCCACUGAGUACAGGAGACUAGUUCAACUCCUACAUCAAAUCCCCGAGAAAGGCGACUUCGACCUGCAGAAGGUGAAGGAAUCCACCUACUUCUUCAGCUGACCCUCGGUGGGGGCUCAAAAGCCAUUCUGGAGAGACUCUGUGUAUUGUCUGACUUUGGCUCAAACCAGGCUGUGGUGUCUCCGAGGUGGCAGAUUGGGGAGCAAGGCCCUGUUCACCCCCCUGUGCCGCAGGCCUCGCUCUCUGGAACCGGAGCAGCUCCGUUGAUCAUCUCUCUCUGCCUUCCAAGGGGUGUCUGUGUUGCAUGUUCAGGGUUGCAGAGUGCUGGGCGGGGGGACACACCCUUGUUGCUGCCUGCCCGGGUUGGCGGGCGAGCAGGUGGCGCGAAUGGAGAAGGCUCUGCAGGUACAGGUGCAGUGAGGAAGGGAUACUGGCGUCCAGGUCCUCUCUUCUCUGCCCCGAAUCCAGAACCCAUAUGGUCCCUCGGUAUAAGAUUUGUCUGUGGCCCACUUUCAAAGCCCGGGGCAUUGAGAGGAAAAUUGAUCGCCAAGGAAGUAGGGGCCACUUGGGCCUCUCUCCUUCGGGCUAGCCCCAGGCUCCAGCCACUGCAGGCAGCCCUUCCGUGUUUUUGUCCUCGCCUGCUAGGAGCCUCCAAAGCGGUGGGGCUCACUGGCUGGAUUUGGGCUCCCUAACUUUGGCCCUGUCGGGAGCGACGGAUUCCCAUCCUGGCGAUGUGCCAGCGCAAAGGAGGAAGGUGCAUUCAGUGUGGUAGGCUCGGAUCUCGGGAGCGCCUUCCAUCCUUCCGGGAUGGAAAGGCAGAGGCAGGCAGGUCCAGUGCUCGGAGCGGUGGGAUCCAUCUCUCAUGCUUGCCAACCUUGACUCGAGCACAGUGGCGUCUUGGGUACCAGGAUCUUUGCUGCUUGGGGUGUGGUGUGGUGGGGGGAUCGACCCCAGUGGCCCCUUCAGCUCCUUUUCCGCCUCCUCAAAGUGAGCCGUUUGGAAAGCUGUCUGUUGACUUAGGAGUGUUAAAAGAUUCGUGCUUAGCGGCAGCAGUAAGGAGGCCUCUUCCUGCUCAGGUUGAGGAAGGGCCAAGAGGAAAUGCUAAGCCUCAGUUGCCUUCUGCCACUUACGUUGGUCCUGCCUCCAUCACCCCCCUUCCUGUUUCUCCAUCGGGAAGAGCAUUUUGGGAAGGAGUUUCUCCCCGCUGCUGCCAGUAAGUGUGGAUUGGGCCUUGAGCUUCCCCUGUGGGGAUGUCCUUCUUCUCACUCUGGUUUUUGGGUCUCUCCUCCCUCACCAUUAGAUGGUUUUUAUGGAGAUGGGUCAGUCUUGGCUGAGCAGCCUCGCCCAUGGAGGCCCAGGAGCUGUUUAAAAAAAAAGGACUGUAAAUAAAGCAAACCAUCUGGAACCUCU